AUGCUCUUAGACCCUCCAUCUAAUGCUCCUCGUCAACCACCCUCUAGUCCUUGGAUUUCAACAGAUGCCGCACGUGCUGUAUGGCCAUCUCCCACAGACUCUUCUCCCGUAUCUCCCGUGACUCCCACCCCCACUGAGCGGGCUCACAAGCGCCCAAGGGUCGAUACAGACAAUCUCCCAUCUUUCAAAACUCAUAGGCGUCCAAUCUCAUCUGCAAGGACUCCCUCUUCCCCUCUUACUCCCUGGCGUUCUUUCAGAAAGACAGACUCACGCCCUAAUGUACUCAAUAUAGACCCUCACUGUACUGCUAUCGAUUGCCCCAGUAACUCGCCUCUCCCCGUACACCCUCCCGUCGACCUCUCAUCUCCCCAUAUCCCUGCAAUGCAUCCCCUCAUCAAUCGUCAGACCCUGAAAGAGCUAGAUCUUGACUCUAUCCUCCGUAAUCCCCAACUUCGACAUGAUCUGCUCUUUGAUGCUGGUCUCCAGUUUCGUCCUACUUCUGGGCGACGGAAACGCGAAUUAUCCGACAAGUAUUGGUCCGCUAUCGCCCAAGAGCUCGAAACAGGCUGCACCUGCGUUUCCUUUGACCUCCAGUGGAAACCCCACGACCUCCUUUGUGUUUGCGCCCAAGGCCCUAUACCUCAAGUACCUAGCCUCACUUAUUGCUCCCCUCGCCGUGCUCUCACCCUUCGCAUGCCCUCUCGCAUCCGUCCCCUUCUCACAGAGUUUCUCGAAGUCUUGCUGUUUGUCAUCCAGCCGCUUACGAGUAUAUGUGGUACAUACGCCAAUCCUGCCACUCUCCAGACGCAGAUCGAGCAACACGCUGCUCAGGCCGCCCAUCUCAGAUCCCUCUUUGAUCCGGAGCUUAUUCAGCAAGAGCUUCACCAUGAACUCUUCGAUCCAUCAGGUCUUUUCAUCGUCAUUGGCCAGACUCUCAAAAGCCACUGUGCCCCCAUGCGUGAUCGCCUUGUCGACGCUAUGGUAGAAGCAGCCAAAGCAUGCGCUCCAGGAUGCGGUGGCAGUAAAGCGGACGCGGUCAAGGCCGUUCGUGUGUGCCUCGAUAUAUUGGAACUCAUGAAACUGGAUAUUGCGAACCAUCAAUUGCAAACCCUCCGCCCAUUCCUCAUAGAAACCGCGGGACAAUACGAGCUCAAGGCGUUCAAGGGCCGAAAGGGGGCAGGUGCCUCGCUCGACCUCACCCGGAAAUGGAUGCAAACAGCAUACCACCACCUCAUGUCCUCGCAUACACUUCCCCAUCCGUCACUACCUUCCAACUCCAUAAAUUAUCGCCAACUUCCCCAAACGCAGCAAAUUUAUUUGAGCGUCCUCAAGGCUCUCACGGACCUCGUUUUUGAUCCACCUUGUGGCCCAUCGCCCGUACCCUUACUACGUGUGUCGAAAUCUACAAUACCAUAUCUCCCUUUAUACCCCGAAACAACUUACCUGGACGGCGCUCGUCUUCUCGUUCUCUCUGGGGAAGCUGCGGACGCCACUGCUAUGUAUAUGUUCCUUCUUUUGUUCCGCCAGCUCGUGUUUUCCGACCCUUGCGAACCAACCCUUAAAGUCACCGAUGCCCAACUCGCUUCCCUGAAAAAGGAAAUACGAGAUAUCUCAUCGUCCCAUCUCGGCCAUUGUUUCACUCAAGGGUCGAAUUCGGACUCUGACAAUGAGAAGUGGGCCAAGAUCAGACAGGACAUCGUCUUACAGAUCGCCAUGCGCGCAAAAGAGGCUCGAACGUCGUCUACACAGAACUCAUCAUCAGAUCCUCAAUCCAGGGUGCUCGCUUCCGCACCAGAUGAGCGCAUGCUGAAACUAGCCGAGCGCUGGUCAGAUUCGAACAUGCGUCCAAACUCGCCGCUAAGCACGCUCCUGCGCAAGAGGAUCCGCGACGUCGUCUUCAAUCAAGUUGUGGCGCUCACUUUUCCAUUACGCGAUUCUAUCAUGAGCCCAGGCAAGCCUUUGGAUUUCGCGUCGGUCGCGCCUCCUUCUGCGUUGGCGUCGGGUAUGGAGCCUCUUGUUGAUGAGAUUCGCUUGCUGUCAGAACGACUGUCGAGGUUGGCGCAUAUCCAUCUGGGCGUGUAUCUUCCCUUGUAUGAACAGGAUGAUUUCUCUACUUCCGUCUUUUCCUGUAGCUGA